AUGGUAUCCUUUGAUAUCACGUCCCUUUCUACUCCUAUUCCGCAGGAUCUGGCAGUCGAGACCACCAAACUAUUCCUACGAGAGAAAUACGGUGAAACGGAGAAUCGCCUUGGACAUGCUCUAAUCCUCCAACUUCUGCAGUUCUGUCUCAAGGCGUACUUUACGUUCGACGAAGCAAUCAACCAGAAGGUGAAAGGCACGCCAAUGGGUUCGCCGAUUUUGGGACUCAUAGCCGAGGCGGUCCUACAACGGUUGGAGUUGCUAGUUUUCCGACACAACAGACCGAAAUUUUGGGCUCGGUAUGUGGAUGAUACCUUCGUCGUCAUCGAACGGGGUCGUGGGAUGGAAUUCAAAGAACAUCUAAACGCCAUCUUCCUGGAUAUCCAAUUUACGAUGGAGGAAGAGGAAAAUAACCAGCUGGCCUUUCUUGAUGUCUUCGUCUGCCGCAAAGAUUGUGGUGGCCUAAAACCAAAGUAUUCAGGAAGGCAACAAACACGACGCAAAUACUGA